AUGUUAAAAAAGGUAGAGAUUAACAUUCCUUUCUCUGGAACACUAGAGAAAAUGUCAAUCUACGCAAAGUUCAUGAAAGAUAUAAUCUCCAAAAGGAGAACACUGGAUAAUGAGCCAAUAAUUUUGACUGAGACAUGUAGUGUUAUGUUACAAGGUAUGAAAAUUCCUAUCAAAUGCAAAGAUCAUGGAUCAGUUACCAUUCCAUGUGCUAUAUGGGAUACAACUUUCCAGAAGGCCUUUAUUGAUUUGAGAGCUGGUGUGAGUCUAAUGUCAGUAUCUAUUUAUAAAAACUUUGGCAUUGGAAAAGGUCAAGACACUAGAAUGACCAUACAACUUGCAGAUUGUCCGAUCAAGCGUCCAUAUGGCAUAGUAGAAAAUGUCCUCGUGAAAAUAGAUAAGUUUGUCUUUCUAGUAGAUUUUAUGAUUUUAGAGAUGCCUGAAGAUGAGGAAAUACCUCACAUCCUUGGGAGACCAUUUUUUGAGUUAUUAAGAUGCAUGAUUGAUCUAGAAGGUGGUACAAUAACCUUAAAAGUGUAUGAUGAAUAA